GUUGUUUUGAGAAAGCUUCAUCAAACAUAUCUGCAGAGUGUUUUCACAUCAAAAAUAGAGUGGUCGUGUAUUCAACCUGAGGCUGGGUCACAUAUCACCGAACGUUACUCACACAGCUGUUGCUACUAUGACAAAUCUCUGUAUGUGUUUGGGGGUUGUACAGCCACUAACACAACAUUAAAUGAUCUCUGGAGAUUUGAUCUAGCUACCAGAGAAUGGAUACGACCAUUGGCAAUGGGAACCUAUCCGUACCCGAAAGCUUGUGCGAGUUUGGUGGUAUACAAGGAUAACCUGGUUCUGUUUGGAGGCUGGAGUCAUCCUACACCCUUCCCCUUACAUCAGGCUGCAAGGUUUUUCUCUGAACUUCAUAUCUAUAAACCAUCUACAAAUCGUUGGUCACAUGUGACGACGUUAUCCCAUCAGAGUCCUCAGCCAAUAGCAGGACAUUCGGCCUCAAUUAUUGGUGAUUAUAUGGUCAUAUUUGGUGGCUCUCAAAUCCCUGGUAUCAGGACAAAUGAGGUGUGGCUGUUUGACUUCAAUGAACAAGCAUGGAGAAUGCCUAGAAUAGGCUAUAGGAGGCCUGCACCUAGAUAUGGACAAACACAGGUAACAAUAGAUGACAGCCAUAUUCUUAUAGUUGGAGGAUGUGGGGGCGGUACACCAAAUCAGGUUUAUAAUGACUGCUGGUUGCUUACUGUUGGUGAAGAUGAAUGGACGUGGGAUCUGAUCGUUGUAGAGAAUCCACAGUGGGCAGCUCCCCAGCUCUGGUGUAACAGUGCUUGUAAGGUUUCAGACAUGAUAGUAACCUUAAGUAAGGCAGCUAAGCCACUGCCUAGAACAGUGCCAGUUAGUCCACGGGCAUACAAACCUCGAGGUAAAAUCUGGGUGCCUCCAAGGGAAGAUGAAAUUGAACAACCUACAAAUCCAGCCAAUCAAAGUCAAGCACCAGGAUCACCUGACACAUUACCAACCAAUCAGAGUGAGCAAACAAGUGAUUCAGGAAAUGUUAGUGACCAAUCAGAGGCUUCAGAUAUGUCACCUGAUAGUGCUAAUAGCCAAUCAGAUUCUAGUGAACCUGAAGUUGGAACUUCAAAUCCUAGACCUGGAUUACCAAGUGUUAGACCAAAUGCUAUGAAAAAUAGACAAAAACAACUAGAAGCUUUGUUGAAAUAUGAAAAAAGGUUCCGUCACACUGAUAUGGUCGGGCCCUCAGAUGCUGAGGAAGAACCACCUAGACUUUCUCAAAAUCUUCACAAUAUCAGACAGCAGAAAUCACCAACGGUUACAAACUUAGCAUCACUUAUGACGUUGCAUGUGUUAGACAUUUCCAGAGUGUUGGAAUGUAAAGUAGUGUCAUGGCAGAAAUUAAACUUCGAAAAUAUGACAGGUGCUCCAACUGGGACAAUAUUUUACUCUCUUGUAGAAGGCCAAAAUGAAAUUCUUAUGUUUGGAGGGAUAGAAAAAGACAUACAUGCCCUACAGAGGGGUCAGGGGAUACAGUCCCAUACGGUGAACAAUGCACUCUAUAUAAUAUCCCCAAUACAGCACCCUCUUUAGCAUACUUAGAUCGGACAGACAAAAGAUCAAGUCGUACAGCUUUGUGAGGUAUCAUUGGGACAAUUUUUAUCUCAAAGACUUGUUCAGCAUUUCGAAGUGUGUUUAAUUCUAAGUACUGUGUAAGGGCUGCCAUAAGGCAGUAAGGUCAGUUUGUUUCAAAAUUUAGAAAGAUGUUUUAUUUGUUAGUUUUUGUAAUCAGUGAUUCCUAAGCAAUAUUGUCUCUAAGUAUUGACCUGGCACUCGUAAAUUGCCAAUAUUUUUGUGUGUUUUCAUAAGUUCACACAACAUCACACAGUUCGUUGAAAAUAUCUGUACUACUAAAAUAACCUAUAUAGUUCACAGAUGGCAUGAUGGUAAAACGUCUGACUUUCACACACUUAAAAAAGGGUUCAAAAUCACCUCAGACCAGUUUUAUUAGAAAAGUCUAGCUAUUCUACUCACCCUGGCGUCGGCGUCACACUUUGGUUAAAGUUUUGCAUGCAAGUACAUACAGCUAUCAUUUAAAGGCAUAUACCUUUGAAACUUAUUUUUUCUUUUUCUAGGUCAAUUACCAACCUCACUAGGUCAAAUUCCAUAACUCUGACAUGUAUUUUGAGCAAAUUAUGCUCCCUUUUGGACUUAGGAAAUCCUGGUUAAAGUUUUACAUGCAAGUUGCUAUCUCCAAAACUAAUGCAGAUAUUGAAUUGAAACUUCACUUGUGUCUUCGAGGUUAUAAAACUAGUUGAUAGCACCUAGUCCCAUAACUCUGGCCUGCAUUUUGACCAAAUUAUGCCCCCUUUUGGACUUAGAAAAUCCUGGUUAAAGCUUUGGGUGCAAGCAUACAGCUAUUACUAAAAUUGAAACUUCAUAUGUGUCUUUGGGCUUAUAAAACAAGUUGACAGCAUCAAGUCCCAUAACUUUGACCUGCAUUUUGGCCAAAUUAUGCCCCCUUUUGGACUUAGAAAAUCCUGUUCAGUUUUGCAUGCAAGUACAUACAGCUAUUACUUAAAGGCAUAUGUAUUUGAAACUUCUUUUUUUUCUAGAUCAAUAGCCAACCUCACUGGGUCAAGUCCCAUAACUCUGACAUGUAUAUUUGGCAGAUUAUGCCUACUUUUAGACUUAGAAAAUCCUGGUUAAAGUUUUACAUGCAACUUACUAUCUUCAGAACAAAUGCAGAUAUUAAAUUGAAACUUCACAUGUGCCUUAGUGAUUAUAAAACUAGUUGAUUGCAUCACGUUCCAUAACUCUGACAUGCAUUUUGGUCAAAUUAUGUCCCCUUUUUAACAAAAAGCUUAUGGUUGAAGUUUUGCAUGCUAGUUAUCUCCAAAACUAAUGCAGAUACUUGAUUGAAACUCUAUAGAUAUUUUAACAUUUAGGGUAACAUUUUCCUGUUGCUAAGGCAAUAAUUUGAAUAGUCAAGCAUUUGAUAUCUUAUGGACAGCUCAUGUUUAAUUAAGUGUGAUGUAAUUGAUUUAUAUUGCUUUUAUUAGCUCACCUUUCACUUAGAUGAGCUUUUGUGAUUGCCCGUCCUCUGACGGCGGUGGCAGGGUCUGUCCACAAUUUCUUGUGAACACGAUAGAGCCCACAUUUUGCAAUCAAUUUUAAUCAUACAUGCACACAACUUGUAUUGGCAUAAUGUCUCUGUUCUUACCAAAAUUGGCCAGAGCCCAUCAUGGGUUCCAGAGACAUGGCCCCUGAAAGGGCCAACAUUUGCUUGUUCACCAUCAAAAGCUGACUCUAUAUAGCAAGAAACAUAACGGUAUUCUGCUUUUUUUGCAAGCAUUAUGGCUCCUUUUGGACUUAGACAAUUUCAGAUUUCUUUGUUAAGUUUUAUGUUUAGGUCAGCUUUUCUCCUAAAUUAUCAAAGCUAUUGCCUCCUUAACUAUCAAAGUUAUUGCAAUAAAACUUGCAACACUUUGUUCACCAUCAAAUGUUGACUAUAUACAGCAAGAAACGUAACUCCAUCCUACUUUUUGCAAGAAUUAUGGCCCCUUUUUGACUUAGAAAAUAUCAGAUUUUUUGGUUAAGUUUUGCAUUUACUAUGUGUACUUUUCUCCUUAAUGGUCAAAACUAUUGCUUUAAAACUUGACACAGUUAUUUGUAAUUAAAAGCUGACUUUGCACAGCACGUGCCAUAACUCUACAUUGCUUUUUGUAAGAAUUAUGUCCCCUUUUAGAAAAUCGUGUCGAAUUUGGGACUUGCUCAAAGCUCGAAACUGAAAAGUUCUAAGUGUUUUAUUCGAGCCAGCAUUGAAUGGACAUCUUAGGGAACUGAUCUGUGAUGAAGCUUACAGCUUUUUUUUAACCACUCCCGAGUCGGCUUCCUGUAAAAACCAGUAAGAAGAAACACUGAAAAGCAAGUCCCUUCUAUUUCGAGACUCAGAGGAUUUAUCUAUGUUAAAUGUUUGUUCAGGGAACUGGUAUGGACUAUAAUUCUUUUUUUCUUUGAGCUAAAUUCGCAUUGUAGUUACAGGACUUACAGACGGAGAUUUCUGCUUUCUUUUGUUGAGAUUCGCUACAUUUUUAGCACUUUUAAUGACAUUUGUCUUAAAUCUGAAGGAAAUAAUUAAGUGCGACUUUUAAGCUUUUUAAGGUAUUUUGGCAAUAUGCUUUUUAAUAGGUCUUAAAAUUUCAUUGGGUAUACAUGCUGUAACUGGCAACAAGUUUGGUUUAUUAAGUUUUGAUUCAUCUGUUGACGACGUCAUAGAAAUUGAUAUUUUGACGACCUUCAGCUCCUCAUCGUAAAAUAAACCUGAAAAUAGAUAGAAUCUAUAAUAUAUCUUAUUUUUUUGUCAAGUCGCUUGACUUUGAAAAUUUAUAAUGACAUGUAGUAGGUAAAAACUAGACAGAUCUCCAAAAAAGGUGGGUGUUGAAAAAUUACUCCACAUUGCCCAGAGCGUCCUACAGAAGUACUCCGGACCACAGCGCUUUUGUUUUCAGCAAGUCAUUGCCAGAAGCACCAAUGUUAUCCAGAAAAAUAAAGCAUCGCUCAUAAUUCUAACUUUGUGAGGGACUCCUUAGUUUUUGCAAAAAGUACCAAAUUAAUCUGGCUCUCGGUGUCACGAUUCCGCACGAGCGCUGAUAUUUUCAAUUCAUGAACACCUUAUUCGGUUAGUAAGGCGUAAAAAAAUUGUUUGUUUCCGGUAUCCCGACCUACCCUAAAUUUUUGGCCCGACCAUAAAUGUUUUUAUGGCCUUGGAGAAUAAUUUGUUGAACUUUUUGACAAAAAGUUGCCAAACUGCACUUUUUAUGUUUUUUAAACAUGGUCGGUGAUGUUAGAAAUCAACUCCCUGAUGCUGUAAAGGCAUACCCCCUUAUAUGUACUCAUUUUUUGACAAAAAAGUAAUUUCCGAAAAGUCUGUCUUAAUAACACCCCCCCCCCCCCACCCACCCCCCCAAAAAAAAUAAUUCCUACCUACCUACCCUAAUUUUUUGAACAUGUUACCGGAAACAAAUAACUUUUUAGUAGGCCUAAAAAAGUUAUUUGUUUCCAGUAACAUGCCCCAAAACAUAGUUUAAACAUAUUUAUUGCAUGAAUUCCGCAAAUAACAGUAGUACAGUAACCAUUUUGCACUUUCGGAUUGGCACAGUAAAAUGCAAGCAUCUAAUAAGGGUAAGCUUUACGGCCUUUUUAAAGAUCAACACGCUCGUGAGAACUAUCUAACAUUAUUAAUCCCCCGCCGUGGCGGAGGGAUUAUAGGAAUGGUCUGCGUCCGUCUUUCCGUCCGUCCGUAACAAAUUCGUGUCCGGUCCAUAUCUCCUAAACCCCUUGAAGGAUUUUCAUGAAACUUGGGUCAAAUGAUCACCUCAUCAAGACGAUGUGCAGAACCCAUAAGUCAGCCUUGUCGGUUCAAGGUUAAGGUCACAACUCAAGGUCAAAGGUUUGAGCCUGCCAUUUUGUGUCCGCUCUAUAUCUCUUAAACCCCUUGAAGGAAUUUUAUAAAACCUGGGUCAAAUGAUCACCUCAUCAAGACGAUGUGCAGAACCCAUGAGUCAGCCAUGCCGGCUCAAGGUCAAGGUCACAACUCAAGGUCAAAGGUUUGAGCCUUCCAUUUUGUGUCCGCUCUAUAUCUCUUAAACCCCUUGAAGGAAUUUUAUAAAACCUGGGUCAAAUGAUCACCUCAUCAAGACGAUGUGCAGAACCCAUGAGUCAGUCAUGCCGGCUCAAGGUCAAGGUCACAACUUAGGGUCAAAGGUUUGAACCUUCCAUUUUGUGUCCGCUCUAUAUCUCCUAAACCCCUUGAAGGAUUUUCAUCAAACUUUGGUCAAACGAUCACCUCAUCAAGGCGAUGUGCAGAACUUAUGAGUCAGCCAUGUCAGCUCAAGGUCAAGGUCACAACUGAAGGUCAAAGGUUUGAGCCUUCCAUUUGUGUCCACUCUAUAUCUCCUAAACCCCUUGAAGGAAUUUUAUAAAACCUGGGUCAAAUGAUUACCUCAUCAAGACGAUGUGCAGAAAUUAUGAGUCAACCAUGCCAGCUCAAGGUCAAGGUCACAACUAAGGGUCGAAGGUUUGAGCCUUCCAUUUGGUGUCCACUCUGUAUCUCCUUAACCCCUUGAAGGAUUUUCAUCAAACUUUGGUCAAAUGAUCACCUCAUCAAGAACUCAUGAGUCAGCCAUGUCAACUCAAGGUCAAGGUCACAACUGAAGGUCAAAGGUUUCAGCUCUGUAUCUCCUAAACCCCUUGAAGGAUUUUCAUGAAACUUUGGUCAAAUGAUCACCUCAUCAAGACGUUGUGCAGAAUUCAUGAGUCAGCCGUGUCAGUUCAAGGUCAAGGUCACAGCUAAAAUCAAAGGUUUUACCCUUUCACUAUCCAUAGCAGUGGCGGGGGAUUUAGCUGUCUUUCAGACUGCCUUGUUACCUAAGCAUCUGUACUUACCAAUUUUUUAAGUAUCGCUCUGCAAAUCAUAAAUUGCCUAUUGAGACAGGUCGCUGGUCAAAUGUUCCAUACAAUGAUAGGAAAUGUUCCUCAUGCUCCAGAGAAUUAGGCGACGAAUUUCACUAUCUACUUGUUUGUAAUCGCUUCAGAGUUAAAAGAAUCCAGCUCAUCCCAGUACAAUUUUACAGAAAUCCUAACAUUAUUAAAUACAACCAACUUAUGAAAAGCAAGGAUCCAGAAAUACUUAAAAAUCUUAGCACAUUUGUAGCCUAUAUUAUGAAGCACGUUCAGUAGAAAUUUGUUUGUAUAAAUCCAAAUAUAUCCAAGUUAAUCACAGUUUAACACAUGUAUAGUAGUCGCAACUUGACCGCGAUGGUUGACCUUCAGCUGAUUAUUCAUAUCGAUUAUUUCAUUAUAGAAAUAAAGGGUGGUGAGGGUAUCUAUAUAUAUUUAUAUGAAAUUAGUUUGUAUACAGUGCACUAUCAAAGUAUGUUUACUUACAUUUGAUCAUUUAAAACUUUCAAGUACACUAAUUUAUAAUUACACAAAUUUAUAUUUCCACUAUCUCAUGCAGCUCGUGUUUUACGUACAUUCCUUUUCAAUAAUAGGUUGUGCCUCAUUAUAUAUUAUAAUACAAAGGUCAACCAUCGGGGUCAAGUUGCGUCCACUAUACUCCUAUUUGUUUGUACUGUUAUAUAAUAUCUAUUCAUUCAUAAAGUGCAAUUCUCCCAACAUUGAAUUACUUUCCUCGUGACCCUUUACUGAUUAUAGUAGUAUAUCUCGUCAAUGGCAUUCCUUAUUUACUCACUUGGAUCAGCUCACGAUUUUAUCGUGCGCUGGUUACCUAUAGUACAAUACUGAAUUUCCAUGCUAAAUUCAAUACUUUAAAUAAAUUAAGCGGACAAAUGAAUAUCAUUGUCCCCUACCCUACCUAAUACAGAGUUUACUAUAAAACUAAUAAAAAAAGAAGUUAUUGCUAUCUAGUUGUUACCCAUAUGUAUGUUUUUUUCUGAUUUGUUUAUUACAUUGUCUGUUGUUGCACAUGUAACCUGACGUAAUAAAGAAAUAUUGUAUUGUA